ACCCGCAUAUGUUUUGAUAUCUUUUCCUAGCGCAGCUCGCACGAAAAGCGCCUUUUCCAGUUUCAAAAUUCACAAAAUUAAUUUCAAACAAACGGAAACGUGUUUAAUUUUGUUCCGUAAACUAAGUAAGUGAGUUUCGUUGGAAAAUAGGAACAAUUUUAAGAGAUGGCACGUAAUAAGAAAGUCCGGAAAAGUGUGGGCAUUCGAGGUUCCGCUCGUAAAACCGGGAGCCGGAUAUUGGCGAAACCUAAGCCGAACGAUCAUCUAGAUAACACGCGACGCAAACGUCGAUCCAGCCAAACUUUCAAAAAGAUUUUUUCCAAUUUUCAGAUUCACCAACAAAAUCUUCUACGAAAAGAAAUUUUGAAGGAGCAACAAAAACACGGGAAAGAAAACAACAAAAGGUUACCCAUGGAUAUGAUCUUGUACCCACCGAUUCCGCCUCCUCCGGCUCCCAAAAGACAGGAUUUAACUAAACCAUCCACCUCAGCGACAUCAACCAGACCAAGCAAAUCACGAACUCCCAAAAGAAACAAGCCAAUGCGGCUACUGAGCGACACACCGAUCGUGAUUGAUUCCGAAGAUGAGCACAUCCCGGAAGCUAAAGAAUCGGCACCGCUUUUCUACGUGGACACCUCGAGUGGUUUCAACGACCGGGAGGUCCCAAAGUACACCAGCAUCAUCGACGAGCCGGACGACGACGAGAAGAAUCCAAACGUCGCGGAAAGUGUUCUCGAAGAGGGAGAAAUCAAGAGUGAAGACGAGACUGAUGUGAUGAAUGCACGCCUUACGAAUAGUGAGGAAAUCAACAUAUUGGAUAGCGAUGACGAAGAAUCCGUGCCAAAACAUUCUGUACCUCUACCUUUGAAAGUGGGUCCCAAUUCUGGGGACGAAUCAGUUAUUUUCUGUUUCGAGGAAGUGAUCGACGUUGAUGCCCAAAAUGAUCGUUUCGGUGCUUGCGAUUACAUCCCCAUAGGGUACGAUGUAGAUGUUGGAAGGAGGAAGGGAAAGAAGCGCAGCCGAAAGGAUAAAAUUAAACUUAAUUCGAGUGAUGAAAAAACAUUAGAAAAUAAUGUUGCCUCGAGCUCGAAGCGAAUGGUUAUCAUCGAUGGAAACAAUGUUGCCUUUGCCCACACCUGCGGACAACAGUUUUCAGUAAAGGGUCUCAAAAUUUGUAUAGAUUAUAUCAAAAAGAUGGGACACGAGGUCAAAGCCGUUGUUCCACAGUUUAGGCUAAAGAAAGACAAAAGUACCGAUCAGAAGCUGCUGGAGGAACUGUACAAAAGUGGUGAUGUGCUGCUCGCUCCGAGUAAGAACCUUCCCGGCCAGUGGUCCUCGUCCUACGACGAUCGAUUGAUCAUUUCGGUGGCGGAAAAGUUCGACGCCGUUAUAAUCUCCAACGAUAACUUUCGGGAUCUUCUAGCGGAAAGCGAUUCCUGGAAGAAGAUAAUCGAAACGCGAGUGAUCGGCUAUACCUGGGUGCUGGAUGCCUUCUUCCUGCCGGAUGAUCCGUACGGUCGACACGGACCGAAGCUGAAGGAUUUGCUCGAACCAAAGCAAAAAGACGGCAGCAGCCCCAAACAGAGCACGGGCGGCGCAUCGUAGGAAUUUCUUUCGAUUUGGCAAGUUUUUUCCUAUAUUUCGUUUUACCAGUAGCAAUAACAGUUUUUUUCGUUAUAAAUUUAAAGCAAAAAAAAGCAAUGUUUUGUUAUGUUUGUUGGAUACAAUACGUUAAAAACUACGAUGAAUGUGUAACAAAGGAUGACCUUACGUUUAAUGGUGUACAUGAA